AUGGUAAUUGGAUUGCUUUUUAUUGCAACCCAGGGAGCACCGAUUGAACCAAAUGAUAUUGCUGCUGCAGCUGCCAAUGGAGAUUGGGACUUAUUUCAAAGAUUGAUUAGCCAAGGAUUUAACUUUGAACCGAAUUUUGAGAACAUAAAAAGUUUGCGACCACAAGGGCCGGACUCUCACGUUUACGGCGAGGGCGAAUAUAGGUUCCAUUCCUCUUCGAACAUCAACGGACAGAAGAGCGAAAGUAGCGGAGGUCGCAAGGUCAUCAACAAAGAUGGCCAGGUAGAAGAAUACGAAUUGCCG